AGAGUUCCUCGGUGAGAGCUGGGGGAGGUACCCAAGAGGGUCUGGGAGAGCUAGUAUCUCCCGGAUACAUUGGUGAGAGCUGGGUGUCCCUUGAGAAGGCAUGUCACCCCAGGCCCAGGAGCUGAGGGGGGUCACCCAGGGAGUAGGGGAUGCCUGUCAUCCCAGGAGCUGAGACCAGAAUGAGGAGAUGUCUCAGGGCAGCCUGUCUGUGGAAUUCCUGUUGCUUGCUGACCAGCCCAACAGCCCAGCAGAGGAAAAGACGAGAGCAGAUAGUUCUGACACAGACCUAGAGAUUGAAGAUCCCGAGAGGUCCUUUGCAACCAUGAAGGGUGCAGAGCUAUAUCUAGAAGCUUGCAAACUGGUGGGGGUGGUGCCUGUCUCUUACUUCCUUCGGAACAUGGAGGAGCCUUACAUGAACCUGAACCAUCAUGGUCUAGGACCCCAGGGUGCCAAAGCCAUUGCCAUCGCACUGGUGUCCAACACAACCAUCACUCAUCUGGAGCUGGAAGAUAACUGGAUCCUGGCUGAAGGAGUCACGUGUCUGGUACAGAUGCUGCGAGAGAACUGCUACAUUCAAGAACUGAACAUCUCCAAUAACCACAUAGGCACAGAAGGAGCGGAAGCCAUCUCCAGGAUGUUCCUGGAUAAUAUUUCUAGUCUCCGGGCUGUUCAGCUCUCAGGAAACAACUUUAGGGAGGAAACUGCACAGUACUUUGCCGAGGCACUAUUGGGCAAUUACCGAGUGAAGGAGCUGGACCUCAGCCACAAUGAGUUCUCUGAGAAGGGAGGAGAGCAUCUGGGACAGAUGUUAGCCAACAAUGAAGCACUGGAGUUUCUGAACCUGAGCUGGAACCACUUGCGGAUGAAGGGGGCUGUGGCAUUGGGCGCUGGUCUCAGAGUAAGUCUCCCUCCUGAACAGCGAUACACCUGACCCUGAUUGUUAGCUGAGCUUGGAAGGUUGGCAUGUCCUGGCUGAAGCACUGGUUUGCCCUUGUUCUGCUAAUGGUUCUUUUAUAUCAUCACUAGCCAUUCAACUUCCUGUGUUUGCCAAUAACCUAUGCCCCUCUAAUUUUACAGAGGGGUCAACUUUAGGCAACACUCAAAACCUAGCAACAGAGAAACAACAGAUACUCCCAUCCAUACC